AUGUUGGUCACCUCUUCUCAAUCGUCGACACAGCGACCAUUGGGUUUAUCUGUUGAAGAAUUAUUUGCAUUAGAUCGUCAAUAUCGUCGAAUCGAACAACAACAACAACAACAACAACGACAACAACAUAUUGCACAAUUACAAGCACAACAAACACGUUUAACAUCCUCAAAUCUUAAUCGUAUAGCUAGUCGAUCACUCGAUCUUGCUUCAUCAAAUCCACUUACAAUUCUUCCUUCACUUGAAAUACAUGGUCAUGGAUAUACAAAUCGACCACAACCAUCACCACCAUCAAUUUCAAAUUAUUCACGAUCACAUUCAAUAGAUCAUAUGAAAUAUAUACAACCACCACCACCACCUCCUAUUUUAAAACAUACAUAUCCACAAAGAUCUACAAUAAAUGAUAUUGGACUUCAACAUUAUCAAUCAAAGUUUCGAACUUAUUUACCACAACCUAUCAUGUCUACUGGUAAUAUAUCAUCAUCAGGACAUCAUUUUGUAUAUGAUCCACCUCCGCCACCAUCAAUUAAUCAUAUAGAUAAUCGAAAUUCUUGUAAACUUCGUCGACAACAACCUAUUAAACGUGAAUCAUCACGUCGAAUUGUUGUUCGACCUGUUGUACAACGACGACGUGAACCAUCAGUAAGUUCAUCAUGUGAAUCAUUAGAUGAACGACGUUCAUUUAAUCAUUAUCUUCCAAUUCAAUCAAAUCUUACUAAUCAAUCUAUAUCAUUUACACCAUCAACAUCAUUAAUAGAAGGUGUUAUUAAUGAUUUAAAUGAAGAAACAAAUAAUUUAUCACGUAAUCUAUCUUAUAAGAAUUCAUUAUCUGAUGAUGAUGAUGAUGAUGAUGGUGAUGAUGAUGAAAUUAAUUUAUAUGAAAUGCGUAUACCAAUUGGUAAAACUUAUGAUACAUCAGAUAUAAGUGUACAAUUAGAAGGACUAAAAAUUUUAAUACAUUGUCAUACAAUUGAACCAACAGAUAAACGUGGAAAUUAUCGUAAACAUGAAUUAAAAACUGAAUUAUUUGUACCUGAUGUUGUUGAUGAGGAAACUAUAGCUGCUUAUUUAACUGAAGAUGGACAAUUAAUUGUUGAAGGAAAAUAUCAUUUAUGGGCAUGGAAAGAAAUUAAAAAAAAAAGACAUAUUGAACAAGAUGAAUUAAAAAUUAAUUCAAAAUUAAUAUCGUCAAAAGAUAAUGGAGGAGGUUUGGAACAAAACAACAUAUCAUCAUACACAUUGAAUAAUAACAGAAUAAUAAAUAAUAAAAUUGCAAAAUUAGAUAAUAAUCGAACUGUAAUUCAUGUUGGUGAAUCAUUAUCAUCAGAAAAAACUAAUCAUACAAAAAAUGUAAGUGAUAUAAUCAAUCGUUUUAAUGCAUUAAAUAAAAAUGAUUCAACAAAUAUAUGGGAUGGACAAUAUUCAUUUAGUAAUGAUUGUUCACCAAUACUUAUUUAUCAUCUACGUUUACCAUUUGAAACAAUAAAAGAUGCAAUACGUAUUCAAUCUGAUUCACAAUUAAAUAUAUUAAAAAUUUUUAUUGAACAACAAGAAAAAAAUUCAUUAGAAGAAGAAGAACAAAAUAAAAUCAUUGUACGUUCAACAUCACGUCUAUGUCAUUUACCUCAAGAUCAUACAUAUGAUUAUAAUCAUUUACGUGUUAAUUUUCUUAAUGAUAAUUUUAUUCGUAUUGAAAUACCAACAUUAAAUUAA